AAUUAUGAGACAGUGGUACGGCAAUGUCAAUAAUGGUAGCGGCGUUUUCUUUUUUAUCGAUGAGCAGCAAAUCAGGGCGAUUAAAAUCAGUCAAAAUAGGCCUAUUCCAGUACAGUAGAUGAUCCGUAGAUUCGAGAACCUCUUGUGGGUUGAAAUCUGGAUUACAUAUGUGGAAAACCACCACUGUGGUCGUGGUCCUGGCUGUUAUAACGUUGUUGACGAACAUCAUCAUGUACAACGUGUCCAAUCUGAUCAUCAUCUCUAGCUCCGAAAGGUCCCAAAUGAUUCUCAUCGCUGACUUUGGGGACAACAAUAAAAAUAACGUUGCACAAACUACGCACAAAUAUUCAACGGACCAAGACAGUGUCGACUCAGCCAAGGUUCCUGUAUUUCACAGAGCUGGAUCAGACUAUCCUAGCCCAAGUAAUGAUUCCAACUUAGCGUCCGCAGACCUUAUACAGAUUCUCGUGAAUGGUUCCAGCAGCCAAGACGACCAGUAUGUUAUCACACCCGAGCAGCGUUGUUUGGACGUAGAGCUGGUCAUGUGUGUCAUGUCCAGCAGAGACAACUUCGUCCAGAGGCAGGCCAUACGGCAGACGUGGGGCAGCUAUGCCAAAGACAAGGGAAACAGUGCCAGACUUUUCUUUUUCCUCGGCUCGGAAGACCCCUCCACUGAGCCGUUUGAAUCGACGCAGUCACUUGUUGAGAAUGAGGCCAAAAUAUUCGGCGACGUUCUCCAGGCGAACUUCGUAGACAACUACCGAAACUUAACGCUGAAGUCUAUCUCAAUUCUGCAAUGGGUCAGCCAGCGUUGUCGAGGGAGCAGAUUUCUCCUCAAGUCUGACGAUGAUGUCUACGUCAAUGUUCCGUUUUUAGUCACAACUUUAAAGGAUAUGCAAAAGUUGGAAGAAUUGAAAAGCAUUUUUCUGACAGGGUUUGUCUACAGUUCUGCUAGUCCGAUAAGGGAUGGUACUUCAAAGUGGUACACACCUUACGACUUGUACAAGGAAAGUGAAUAUCCCAUGUACGUCUCCGGGACAGCGUACGCCAUGACCGUCGAUGCGGCAAUGCAGUUGUUCAAGGCCUCUAACGAGGUUCCGUUUUUCUGGCUUGAAGACGUGUUUAUAACGGGUCUUUGUGCCAAAAAGGCUGGUGUCAGAAUCGUCAACUCUAGGCUAUUUGUGUACUACAGGCUUGAACCUAAAGGGUGCUCCAUCAAGUCAGUGAUAUCAGGCCACAAGUACACGAGCUCAGAGUUAGCGAAGAUACACAACGAGUUAAAUGACUACUCAGCGAUUUGUUGAUUUAAAAGUAUUGAUCUGUUGAAAUCAGACUUUAUUUAUAAUGAUACUCAUCUGUGCUUCCCAGGAGGGGUAAUAAGACUAGAUCCAUUUGUAAUUACUAUGUAGUCUCCUAUAUAAAACAAUUCUAAAGAGUAUUAAAUAAUGUUACACAAUAGUUACUUCUAGCUAAUUACAUAUUUUAACUGAACAACUAAAUAUAGUGUUAAAACCUAAUGCGAUGUAUUCGAUUAUUACAUACUUAUUAGUUUACCAAGACUUUUCAUAAUAUAUAUGGGUUUUAAUAACACACAAAAGAUUUUUU